UUUUUAGUUUAGAGAGACAGCGCACACAUAUUAUGUUGAUUAAAUCUUAGGAUACUUGGUAAUCAAUGCUUAUUAACUGAGUUAUAAUAAUGUUUGCGCAUUCUUUGUUUAUGUUCGUUCCUUAUUUUUCUUCACCGGGGUGGAGCGGAUCCCCGCUUGUUUCUAAGAAGAUAAAUAAAUAAUAAUAAAAAAAAAAAACGAGCGAGAGAGAAAGACACGUGGUCGUUACACACCUCUCUCAGGACCCAGCGGGGAGGCGGAGGUGGAGAGAUGCGGGCGCAGUCGGGAUGGGAGAGGACGCGCUGAGGACGGAGACGCUUUUUUUUUUUUUUACCGUCAUGGAAAUUUGGCUCCUGCGCUCCGUUUCAUGAAAAGGACUUAAGACUUGAAUAUUGGACUCUUUUGACUUUAUUAUUAUUAUUAUUAUUAUUCCAAAGGAGAGACUUCCGCGCAAGAUGUGGAAGAUUCCAGGUGGGGAAGAGAGAAAGAAAAAUACCAUUUGGUGUUUGUUUGCGUCUCUGUGGUGAACUAUGUGCUCAAGUCUGAAGAUUUUUCUUCACAUUUCCCCCUCCCGGAUUUUUUUUUAAUUCAUAAUUUGAUUUAAAGUGAAAAUGGAUUUCCUUAAUACGUCCUGGGAAGGUCUGACAGAGGCGAAAAACACCUCUAAUUCCACCUCAGAGAGCCAGUACAGCCAGCUCGUCAUCUGGGGUCUGGCUGGACUUGUCAGCUUUCUGAUUUUGUUUACAAUAGUCGGAAAUGUCUUGGUUGUUAUUGCUGUUCUGACGAGCAGAGCUCUGAAACCACCUCAGAACCUCUUUCUGGUCUCGCUGGCCAGUGCGGACAUCCUUGUGGCCACGCUGGUCAUGCCCUUUUCUCUGGCUAAUGAACUUAUGGGCUACUGGUUCUUUGGCAAAAUCUGGUGUGACAUCUACCUGGCUCUGGAUGUUUUAUUCUGCACCUCUUCAAUUGUUCACCUGUGCGCCAUUAGCCUGGACAGGUACUGGUCGGUGACACAGGCGGUAGAGUACAACUUAAAGAGGACACCGAAACGAGUGAAAGGCAUGAUCGUGGUGGUUUGGUUGAUCUCAGCCGUAAUCUCGUUCCCUCCACUGAUAUCAAUGGACAGGAGCAGCAGUGAGGAGAAACCCCAGUGCAUCCUGAACGAUGAGACCUGGUACAUUCUCUACUCUAGCAUCGGCUCGUUCUUCGCUCCCUGCGUCAUAAUGAUCUUGGUGUACAUCAGAAUCUAUCAAGUAGCAAAAACCAGGACCAGGACGCUGUCAGAGAAAAGAAGGGACAUGGACUCACCGAUGGAAAAUGGCAUGGAUCAAACCGAACACGGCAAAGGUGGGUCCAUAAAGUCAGCUCAGGGCGGGAGCAUGAAAGGAAAGGAGCGUGAGAAUGGCCACUGCCAAGAGCAAGCAGCUAGCUCCUCUCAGCGCAGCGAGCCAAAACACCAAGCAGCCGACCACGAGGACGACUUUGAGGACAGCAGCUCGUCAGACGAGAAACCCAGAAAAUGCCUGAGCUCCUCGAAGCAUCAUCAGGAGGACAGGAAAGACAGAAAGUCCAGCCGGAAGAGCAGCACUGCCUCCAAAUACUCGAGCCGGAAGUCACGCUCCAGUUCAAAAUCUUUAGAUUUGUUUUCAUCUCGUCGCAAGCGCAGGAGCACGGUCAACCGGAAGAAAGUCUCUGCUGCCCGGGAGAAGCGCUUCACGUUCGUCCUCGCCGUGGUCAUGGGCGUGUUCGUGGUGUGUUGGUUCCCUUUCUUCUUCUCCUACAGCCUUUACGGAAUCUGCCGCGAGUCGUGCACGAUCCCCGAAACGCUUUUCAAGUUCUUUUUCUGGAUUGGCUACUGCAACAGCUCACUGAACCCAGUCAUCUACACCAUCUUCAACCAAGACUUCCGUAGAGCCUUCCAGAAGAUCCUGUGUAAGACCUGGAAACGGUCUUUUUGAAGGGCUCCUGUGUGGCCGCGGUUGUAAAACGGCAGUUUAACCUGCGGACAUAAAAUUAAAUGCUCCAAGUAGCUUGAUGAUUGCUGGCCUCUGGUGCUUUCACUCUCAGACCUUCAGGGAUUGCAUACAAAAUGAAGGGAGAGACUGAAGGACAGAACCACGAAAAAGGAAUAAACUGAUGAUAUCCAGAGUGGAAGCUGACGUUGUUCUGCUUUUCAGAUUGCUUUUGGACGCUGAUGUUGGCUUCGAUUCAUUUCCUCCAUCCACUGAUUUCUCCUCUUCAUUUAAAUAAAAUAAAGAGGCUCCUUACAGUUACUGUGAUGCACGCCUGCCACAGCGGCUGCACUUGGAUGAACUUCAUCACUGAUAAGGUUUACUCAGAAAACUGCAAAGGCCUUGACAAUCUCCACAAAAAUGUUAUUGAAAAUGGUUAAACUCUUUUUUACCAGUUUUUAUCUAGCAUUUUUGUUGUGUCUCUCUCAACAUGAGGACCAAUGGGACAAAGGGGCUCCUUGCUUACUGUUAAGUAGCAAAACUGUUUCACCAAAAAAGAAAAAGAAAAAAAAAAGAUAAAAAAAAACUUAUCCUAAAGAACAUUUCUGUAAUCCUGUAUUCAGUUUGAAGCUUAAAAGUAUUUCAACUGGAAACUGCAGUGGAUUAUUUUAGUCCACAGUCCAUGAUGAAGUUGGAGUUGAUGGCGUUGCACAUUUUUUUUAACCCAGCUGAUUUAAAACAAGGUUUCUGUGGAGGCAGACUGCUGAUGCUUCUCAGUGUGCGUGCACGAAACCCAGAACAAGAAGGCAACAUAUGAAGCUUUGUCCUGAUGAGACGAGCUGAAGGGUUCACUACAUCCUACCCUGACUGUUACUGUUUGUAUUUGUGUGUGUGUGUGUGUAUGUGUGUGUGUGUGAGUCAGUGCGCAAAAGCCUUUUCCAAUAACCGUAUUCCCUCUGAUCGUGUGACUGUUUUGUCAGAGUCCCUCUCUCCCUUACAGCCACAGUGAAAAGCCAAACAACUUUACUGCUUGUUUUUCAACGGCCGCUGCUCACUUGACGAUGAAAACACAAAUACAAAUUAAUAUCGUGUACACAAAGACGUGGAAGUGAUUUAUACAGCCGAGCUUUACAUCUUUCUAGCCAGAAGGGCUGAUGCUUUUUCUUUCUUGUGUAAAUAAUUGAAGAGAGUACUCUAUUAUCGUGUGGUGCCUCAUAAUCACACGUGUAUUAAUAUGAUUGUUUAUUUGUAUUAUAAACAAUGCUCUGAAGUAUUUUCCUGUUACGCCUGACCUCUGUCUUUUUCUAAAAAAAAACAUGAAAAGAAAAUGUUUACGUCGCUGCUUUGAGCACAUUGUUAAAGAUCAAAUAAAGACAUAAGUGCAGCUGUUCUCUGGAGCCUCACAACUGCUUUUUUAUUACUGUUAGCCUGUUAAACAGCUGUGACACUGUUUGUUUGUUUAUUACAUUGACACAUGUGACUCAUGCAUAUCUUCUUGUGAGGAAAAUUAGGAGGGUUUUCCUGGUUGCCUGUUCUUGAGGCUUGGGAGCAAAGAGCAAGUAUUCUGCUAACAUUUUUUUUAUGCAUGCUUUGGAUCAGAAGGAAAAAUAAGCUCCAGUUCAGCUUGUUAUUUCAUUGAUUUGCAACAAAUCAUACUGUACAUGUUGCUUGUAUUUACAGUGUUCCAAAGUCAAAUAUUAGAACUGAAAAAAUAUUGUAAUAAAAUAUAAAAUGAAAAAAUAUAGUGCAUAUUCAUUUUUUCAGUCCACCAGCUUUAAUUAUAUUGCUGAGUCAGCAUUCGCAAUUUAUUCUUUUCAUGUUGAACUUAUUAGGACGUAUUUUAGGAUGUAACUAUUUCAGGAUACUUUUAAGCUAUUUUAACCAUUUAUUGACCAAAACAUUAGGCCUAUUCAGGACAUUACAGCUAACAACCUUUGGUUUU